AUGCCCUCCAUCACCCCAUCAUCCGGAAAGGCUCAGCCCUGGAAGGAAGGGUGGAUCGCUCGCAACUCUCAGGGUGUCAAGAAGCAACCGCCUAAAGGUACGACCCAUGGCACCGACAAGGGUCACCAUAUCGUCCAGGGAGGCUUCACUAGUGGCGUCGCCAUCAAGAUGACCCCCGACAAGGCUCAGUGA